UUUAGCUCAUAAGUUCGUGUUCCGCGCGAAUUGGUUGAGCUUUACUUUUAUUACCUUGAAAUAUGUAACAUUUAUGCAUUUUUUUCUUUUGGUGGGUAGCUGUAACACGGUUAAAUAUUGAACCUGACCCUCGUCUUGCCAGCCUAUGUUCGCCACCACAGCCGAGCCACACAAGCUACCAUCUAUAAUGGAUAACUCGACUGAGGACUACAGGAUCCAGUCAUUUGAUGUGGAAACACAGAUUUUACUAAAAACUGCAUUGAAAGAUCCAAGUUCAGUGAACCUGAAGAAGGUAUCAGAUGUCAUUGUGGAUCAGUCUCUGAAGGAUCAGAUGUUCAGUAAAGAGGCUGGACGUAUUUGCUACACCAUUGUGCAGGCCGAGGCCAAGCAAAGCAGCGGAAACAUGUUCAGGACGAACCUGCUGAACCGACUGCAACAGGAGUUCAAGGAUCGUGAAGCGAUGAGGGGACACUCACUGCAGGAGUGGGUGUGCUACGUCACCUUCAUCUGCAACAUCUUUGACUACCUCAAGGUGAACAACAUGCCGAUGGUGGCCCUGGUCCAUCCGGUGUAUGACUGUCUGAUGAGGCUGGCCAAACCAGAUGCUCUAAUGAAUGAAGUAGAGGUGGACUGCCUGGUGUUGCAGCUGCAUCGCAUCGGAGAGCAGCUAGAGAAGAUGAACAGCCAGCGGAUGGAUGAGCUGUUCUUUCUGCUGCGGGACGGCUUCCUUCUCCAGGAGGGACUCGCCUCCAUGACACGUCUGCUGCUGCUGGAGAUCCUGGAGUUCAGGGCCGGAGGCUGGAUGCUCAGCAGCACCGCCCACAAAUACUAUUACAGCGAAAUAGCAGACUGAGACGGACAUUACGAGAGACACUCGGAGCACCUUGGAUACCUUCCCUUAGUCACCAGGAAUUAUAAAACCAGCAGCUUCACGAUAGAAUCAUCUUCCAGGUAAUCAGAGGAGUUUAAGAAGAUGAAGGAGACUUUGACUUUGCUGGAGAUUUGGCUGAGUUUGUGAAUCUCAGACAUGUGGAUGUGGGAUGUGCAAUAGUUCAGAAAGCUUUCAGUUUCAGUUAAUGAGGUUUAGCCACAUUCAGACAUUCUGAUUAGAAGUUUUUUUUCUAAGGUUUGACUCCAGAGAAAAGUUUGAACUUUGUUUUUAAGUUUUUGAUUUUUCUUGCAUUCCUGUGUUUUUGGAACAUUUCUACUUAGUUUACCAAAUCUAAAAAAGUUGGAUAAGACACUUCGCUCAGAGAAAAACUGAUUUGUUCAUAGAUUUUCUU